GCUGUCCAAUCAGGUUGUCGGUUGUCAAUUAGCUUUCUUCUACCCCGAUAGAUCCCAAACCUGAAACCGACUAUGUUGGUAGGCUUGCACAUUUCAUUUCAAGACCGGUCCGUAUUUUAACUGCUGCUUUGGAAUCAGGCUCCGGCUUGAUUGACACAUGGAAGAGUGCAGCCAUUCCCUUCAAAAUGGAGAAAUCGAUUUACUGCCGCAGGGUUGCGGGGGUCAAUGUUGAUUGGCGCAUCACCGACACCCUUAUCAGCUGGAUCAAGAAUCUCAGGGAGAGUGUGUUUGUAGCAAGCAGGGGAAGCCCAUGUGGGCUGAGUAAGAGGAUGCUCAUGGUCACGCUUCUGAGUCAUUUACUGGAGAAGCACUUGAGUAAUGGCGACAGACUGGUGAGAAGUCAAUGAGGAAAAGUCUUGUGUAGUCUUUGGUCACUUGAUUCAAUUUUCAUUGGAGACAUUUCGGAUCAAUUGAUGCUUCCAACUUUUUUUUUUUUUUCGAAUCAGUUUGGGGAAUGACCUUUGGUUGCACAACGCAAGGUUCGUCAUCCAUCCCGAUUGGGAGGUCGCAAAGCAACGCUGAGCCGCGGCUCUUCCCGGCCGCCACCGACAACGGCGUACAGUACGAUCACGCCGUAUGUCGCACCUUCUCUGUUGCGCCGCAGCCGAUAAGGCGCCCGGCCAGCUUCUCAAAGUGGGAGUGUGCGCGCUGGAUCCAGACAACACCGGUUUCAUCGCAGUGGAGAACUUCACCAGCCUGGUGGAGCACCAUGAGCUGCAGCUGGACCCGUCCAAACUGGACAUGCUGUUAGCGCUGGUCCAGAGCAAUGAGGACGGACAAGUUUGUUACCAGGAGCUCAUCGAGCUGAUGAGCAGCAAGCGCUCCAGCAGUUUCCGACGGGCCAUCGCCAACGGCCGCCGCACUCUGCAGAGAGAGAUCUUGCUGGACGAGACGGGCCUGGGUCUGUACAAGCGCUUUGUCCGCUACGUGGCCUACGAGAUCCUGCCCUGCGAGACGGACCGGCGCUGGUACUUCCACCAAAACCGCCUGUGCCCACCGCCGGUCUUUAUCGCCGUCAUCACCAUCGUCCAGAUCAUCGUGUUCAUGUGCUACGGCGUCAUGCUCAACAAGUGGGUGCUGCAGACCUACCAGCCCGACUUCAUGAAGAGCCCCUUGGUGUACCACCCGGGCCACCGCGCUCAAGUGUGGCGCUUCUUCAGCUACAUGUUCAUGCACGUCGGCUUGGAGCAGCUGGGCUUCAACGCUUUACUGCAGCUGAUGAUCGGAGUCCCUUUGGAGAUGGUCCACGGCGUCUUACGAAUAAGUCUGCUUUAUAUGGCGGGAGUGCUGGCGGGUUCACUGACGGUGUCCAUCACCGACAUGCGCGCUCCGGUGGUGGGGGGCUCCGGCGGGGUCUACGCUCUCUGCUCGGCACAUCUGGCCAACGUUGUCAUGAACUGGGCCGGGAUGAGGUGUCCGUACAAGCUGCUCCGCAUGAUCCUGGCGCUAGUUUGCAUGAGCUCGGAGGUGGGCCGAGCGGUGUGGCUGCGCUUCUCGCCGCCGCUGCCCUCGUCCGGGCCGCAGCCCAGCUUCAUGGCCCACCUGUCGGGCGCCGUGGUGGGCAUCAGCAUGGGCCUGCUCAUCCUGCGCAGCUACGAGGAGAGCCUGCAGAAGCAGUGCUCCUGGUGGGUCAUCGUCUUCUCCUUCAUCACCUUCCUGCUCUUCGCCAUCUUUUGGAACAUCUUCGCCUACGAGCUGCUGGGCGUACAGAUCCCGCCCGCCCCCUGAUGAAGGCCCCCGCCGCCCGCGUCUUGACUUCCAAACAGGUUUUUCUUUCAAAUCAUCCCUUUUCCGCCCCAGCUGACCUGUGAAUCGUUUGCGAUUCGUACGGACACGCUGCAAAAUGAAGAAGUACGUCUCUUUCAUUCAAGAGGGGGUACUGUAGCGGCAGAACCGGUUCCUGGCGUCCGUUUCCAGGAGCUUGUUGUCUUUUUUGGAACUCGCCACGAGCGGCCGGGGUGAUUCGUUUCGUGCCUCUGGUGAAACAAGCCAGGAGGGAUGCCGCAAAAAGAAAAAACGAAAAAUCCUUCCCCGUGCCGAACCAUUCAAACAUUCGUUUUAUUCAUUCACUUGUACGAUCAAGAUGGCCGUUACUUCACUCGGCGAGCGUCUCAGCGUCACUUUGUACCGACACUGUGGAUUGAGAACAAUCUCUUUGGCAAAUUGUAUAUUCGGUAUGGAGAGCUGAUUGGGCAUUGAAUCCACCGUGGGCGAUGACGCCAGUGAAGAAACAAUGUCAUUCAUAUUCUGCAAUGUCGUGCGUUGAAGGUACACGCAAACACUGGGGUGGGCCUCUCUCAAGUCGAUACCUCAGCCUCUUCUUCUUCUUACAGCCUGUAUACUUUUCAAAAGGAAUGUAACAAUAGAGCGGGGGGGGGGGCACGAAAUUAUUACAGUUUGGAUUUGUUUUUUUUCCCCCCCCCCCAUUUGAUCGUGGAUGUGUGUAUUGUAACCAAGAGUCUAUUUACGCAUUUCAAAGGGUGCCAAAAGCAGGCUAUGAUUGUUGUCCCUCACUUGACUUGAUCCAAACUUUUAGUGCUUUAUAAAACAAGCCAUAGAAAGAACUCGCCUGAGAUGGUUUCAAAGAGAGGACCAAAAAAAAAAACAAAACAAGAAAAGCCGCAGAUGGGGACAGUCGAGAGCGCGAGCAGAAACGAGCUUCGCACAUCACCUCAUGUCACCAAAAUGUAUGCGGACACGGGACAUGGCUACUUAUGCCCACUUCAACCUCUUAAAAUAUCAGAACGAUCGUCGCACUAUUUUGGAUUCUAUGCACGUUAAGCCUCCGCAGUGAGCGCCAACGGAGAGGAAGGCGUUGAACGUCCAUAAAAUCCAAACUAUUGCGCCCAUUGCUCUCCUUGAGGUGGUCGAAGUCAACACAGGUCGACGUGGCCACGUAGAUUUUGGCGAUGAUUCAUUUUGACAUCAAAUGACUUCCGCAGAGACGAAAACACUUCACGUAGGUUGAAGUGGGCAGGAGUUGAGACGUGCGCACACAUUUUCAUGUCCAUUUCUCAAGUCUCGAUAGUAAGUACCUACGGAGUUGGAAAAGACUUCACUUCCAUGAAAUCCAAAAUAUUGUCGCGAUGGUUCUGAUCACAGUUUACUGACAUUCAGCCACAUUACAUUUUUUUUUCCUUACAUGACACGUUCGAGACUGUCCCCGCAAACGGGUCGCCUCGACAGUGUGUAAAAGUCAUUUCCGGCAUUGUGAAUAUUCUAAGUCAAAGAAGACAAAACUGUGCAAGUUUACGCCUGUGAAAGUUUCUCAUGUAGCUGACUUUUAUUUCUUGGGGUUUCCGCCGCUUGUACAAGUUGUUUAUAGUUGACGGAUUGUUUUGCGGAUGCGCGCAAAACAGUCGCGUUCGUGUGCGCCGGCAAAUGAACCGAUGAUAUGGAUUUCUGUCGCGCGACUCGAGCCGAGGAUUGCAUUGACCCCCGUCGGCGCUCCGAUUUUCACUCAUCCGAUCGAUAAUUCAUUUGAACAUCACUCGGCUGAACAUUUUACGCUUUUGCCGAUAGGUUCAUAAAUUCGAUUCCUCCGCAGUUCCUCCCGGAUGACACCGUCAGGCGCAAGUCGGCCCGACGAUUUGGGAAAAUGAGAAGGAAAAAAAAAAUCGGCCGUUACGCCGGAGUCAUGGAGAAGUGAUGGAAGCCCCUUGUGGUCACUAUGAAAUGUUAUUUCUGGCCAUGGCGAGGAUGUUGUUUUAAAAAAAAAAAAAAAGGGCUAGUGUUCCUUUUAUUUUUCCCAGCAGUGUAUCUUAAUCGCCAAGCGCGAGGAACCUUGCUUUCCCGCAUUCAAGGCCGCGUGAUUUUUCAGCCUCUCAAAGUCACGUGACAGGAGGAUGAUGCCUGGCUGCGAAUUUUCUUCCGCAACACUUGAAUUUUGACGAUAAUGACGGGGAGGGUUUGGCAUUGAGCGACGGGAGACGAGCGAUCCACGAGUUCUGCUCACCGAGCUCAUGUUUUUGCUCGUCCGGGUCAGCAUGACGACACCGAAACCGAAACGUCGUCGUUGACGCUUUCGUUCUGCUCCAUUCGUUGAGGCCGACGUGUCGAAAAAUGCGACAUAGAGCAUUUCAUGGUCGUGCACGCAUGUCACAAAAAGAGCGAGAUGAAAAAAAUGACAUGUAAAAAAAGUCAAGAUGUGACUGUUAACGAGCGUGAAGUGGGGAUGAGCAGUCAGGUGGUAGAUUUAGAGCGCCUCGUUGUUGUGGUAUUGAAAAGCCCCGCAACCCAGAGAUUGUUUUGUCACCCAAAAGUAACCCGGAGAGCCAAAUAUUGGAGGUUUGUGUGGCAAAUGAGUGCUUUGCGCCCCAAAUUACAUCUUGUUCUUUUGUCUGUUUUUGUUUGUAAGUUGGCCAAUCCUGAGCGCCGCGUAAGCCACUCAGGUAGCCGUGCGCAUCCAACAGCUGCCUCCUGCGUCCAUAAAACGGUGCCAAACUGACAAGGUUCAAUCUCGCCAACAAGCAGACACGAGGUUGCGCAAACACAGCGUUUACAACUAAAACAAGGAGGGCGAGAUUAAAAAAAAAAAG